GGCCCCUCGGGGUGCCCCGAGCUCGGGGUCCCCCCAGGGCAGGGCUCUCCCCGCACGGCGGGAGCCGCCCCGGCGCUGCGGGCGGUGGGAGCGGGGCGGGCCCGGGGGCGCUCCCGGGGCUCUGGAAUCCCCCUGGCCCCGCCGGGGAGCGGCGCUGAGCGGGCACAGCGAGCCGGGCUCCUCCGGCCAGCGGGAAGUUGACGCACCAGCCUAAGAAUAGCUCGGGCAGGGCGAGCGCGGACGGUGCUGUCGGCGAAGCUGCUGAUGAAAUCGCAGCCGGGAGCGGAGGAGUCUUUGGACCUUCCCAUGCUCGGGACCUUUGACUCAUAAAAGGCUCCUCCAAAAAGCGUCGGGAGCAGAAGAGGGAAAGGAGCGGGAGAAAGAAGGGAAGGAGGAGCUGCUGGAAGGAGCAGAGCCCGUCCCGGAGCGUGGGGAGCUGCGGGGGGACACAGGAAGCCGCUGCAUGUGGAGUUUCGGGACAAGAUGCUCUCCCUGAAGAAAUACUUCACGGAAGGCCUCAUCCAGUUCACCAUCCUGCUGAGCCUGCUGGGCGUGCGCGUGGACGUGGACACCUACCUGAACCCUCAGCUGCCGCCGCUGCGCGAGAUCAUCCUGGGCCAGAGCUCGGCCUACACGCAGACGCAGUUCCACAACCUGCGCAACACCUUGGACGGCUAUGGCAUCCACCCCAAGAGCGUCGAGCUGCACUCCUACCUCGGCGCCCGCCGCCUGCUCAGCCAGGUGAGGGCCCUGGACCGGCUGCAGGUGCCCAGCGCCCAGGUGAGCGCGUGGCUGGUGCACCGCGACGCCGAGGGCGCCGUGCCCGGCGGGCAGCAGGACGGUGGCACGGCCGAGGGCGCCGUGCGGGAGAGCGGCGCCGAGCAGGGAUUCGGGGACGAGCUGGAGGAUCUGGGGGCCGUGGCAGCGCCCGCCAACGCCGAUCUCACCAAGGAGGACAUCGAUUUGAUUGACAUCCUGUGGAGACAGGAUAUCGAUCUCGGCGCUGGGCGAGAGAUUUUUGACUACAGCCACCGGCAGAAAGAGAGCGAAGUGGACAAAGAGCUGAGCGAUGGGAGGGAGCGCGGGGACAGCUGGAGGAGUGCAGGGAAUGAGGUCUUGGAUAGAAUCCCGCUAGUUGAUGGAGAGACCGGGGAGAGUUUCCCUGCGCAGGUGCCCGGUGCGGAGGACCAGACUGCCCUGUCCCUGGAGGAGUGCCUUAGGCUGCUGGAGGCCACCUUCCCCUUCGGGGACAAUUCCGAGUUCCCAGCCGCGGAUGUCUCUGCGCUGAGCGAAGCCGUGCCCGGGCAGAGCCGGGCUCCGGGCGGCUCCCCCGGCCUGCUGUCCCCUCUGCUGGCCGACCCCGAGUCACCCUUCGACCUGGAGCAGCAGUGGCAGGACCUGAUGUCCAUCAUGGAGAUGCAGGCCAUGGAGGUGAACGGCACCGGCGCCGAGAGCCUCUACGGCGGCACCGGCGGGGACCUGCUGGUGUCCAACUACAGCCUGGCGCCCGGCACGCCCAUCAACCACAACGUCAGCCUGCAUCAGGCCUCGCUGGGCGGCUGCUCCCAGGACUUCUCCCUCUUCAGCCCCGACAUGGAGAGCCCCUCGUCCAUGGCGGGCGGCUCGGCCCUGCUGCAGCUGGCGCCCGACAACUCCACCGGCCUCAGCGGCACCUUCGGCUCCACCAACCUGAGCGGGAUCUUCUUCCCGCCCCACAUGAACGGCACCGGCAACGAGACGGCGGCGCCCGAGCUGCCCGACCCGCUGGGAGGGCUCCUGGACGAGGCCAUGCUGGAUGAGAUCAGCCUGAUGGACUUGGCCAUCGAGGAGGGCUUCAACCCCGUGCAGGCCUCGCAGCUGGAAGAGGAGUUCGAUUCCGACUCAGGUCUUUCCCUGGAUUCCGGCCACAGCCCCGCGUCCCUGAGCAGCUCCGAAGCCUCGUCCUCGUCGUCCUCUUCCUCCUCCUCGUCCUCCUCCUCCUCGUUUUCCGAGGAAGGCGCCGUGGGCUACAGCUCGGACUCGGAGAACGUGGACUUUGAGGAGGCGGAAGGGGCGGUUGGCUACCAGCCAGAGUACAGCAAGUUCUGCCGCAUGAGCUACCAGGACCCGGCGCAGCUCCAUUACCUGCCUUACCUGGAGCACGUCGGCCACAACCACACCUACAACAUGGCCCCGGGCACGCUGGACCCCGAGGAGCCCAAAGCGCCCGGCGCCGGCAAGAAGAGCGGCAAGGAGAAACCGUCGGAGCUGCUGGACAAGCAGCUGAGCCGCGACGAGCACCGCGCCAGGGCCAUGAAGAUCCCCUUCACCAACGACAAAAUCAUCAACCUGCCCGUGGAGGAGUUCAACGAGCUCCUGUCCAAGUACCAGCUGAGCGAGGCGCAGCUCAGCCUCAUCCGCGACAUCCGCCGGCGCGGCAAGAACAAGAUGGCGGCGCAGAACUGCCGCAAGAGGAAGCUGGACACCAUCCUCAACCUGGAGCGCGACGUGGAGGAGCUGCAGCGAGACAAGUCCAAACUGCUCAGGGAGAAGGUGGAGUUCCUCAAAUCCAUCCGGCAGAUGAAGCAGAAGGUGCAGAGCCUGUACCAGGAGGUGUUUGGGCGGCUGCGGGACGAGCAGGGCCGGCCCUACUCGCCCAGCCGCUACGCGCUGCAGUACGGCAGCGACGGCAGCGUGCUGCUGAUCCCGCGCGCGCCCGCGCCCGCCGAGCCGCAGCCGCGGCGCCCCGAGCGCAAGCAGAAGGACCGGAGGAAGUGAGGGCGGCGGCGGAAGGGAGAGCUGGGAUGAGGGCCGAGCCUUGGCGGUGCUUGCGGAGGGGAACUUUGAUGCCUUCUUAUCCGAUUCUGUCUUCUGGAGCCACGCGCGGCGCGCCGGGGACUCUGCGGGGGUGGCCGUCCCUAAAAUAAAAACAAAAAAACCACACGGAACGGGGUGGGGGACACGGAGCUGCCCCCUCACCGAGCCCAGCUGCCCACGGAGCCGCCCACCCCGGGGUGCUGGGAGAGCAGGGACGGGCUGGCAUCGCUGCUGGGGAGGUUGGCACGAGGUGGAUAAAACACAAAAAACAAAAAAACCCACAAAAAAAAAAAACAAACCUACUGUUAGGAACUGGCUUUAAAUAAGAGAAAAACAAAAAAAAAACCCACAAAAAAACGAGGAAAAAAAAAAAGAGAUUUAAGCGAAUGGACUUCAAACCGAGUUAUAGGAGAGACGUUUUUCUGAACUUCCAAAGUUCUGUGAUUUCAGGUAGUUGGUUGUUUUUAUUUUGUUUUUUCCCUUUCCUUUUUUUUUCUUGUUUUGGUUCUUUUUUUUUUUUUCAUUUUUCGGUUUUUUUUCCUUUGAUCCCGACCCCGUUUUUGCCAUGGGUGUGUGUGAGACCCCCGGGGCAGGGCAGGGCACAGGGUGGGCGCUGCCGUUAACCCUUGGCAGCCCAGGGAGGAGGAACACGAGGGGACCCCCCUGGCGUGGGGAGGGGCUGCAGGGGCUGCAGGAACUGCAGGGGCUGCAGGAGCUGCAGGGGCUGCAGGAACUGCAGGAGCUGCAGGGGCUGCAGGAGCUGCAGGAGCUGCAGGAACUGCAGGGGCUGCAGGAGCUGCAGGAUCCGUCCCUGCUCCUCCUGGGAGGGAUUCGGGGUCAGGAGCAGCACAAGGAGACCCCCGGGCCCCCCACGCUUGGGGGGGUUUGGGGGGGUUCCAGCCUUGAUUUUUUUCCCUCCCCCCUUUUAGGGUCUAGAAGUGCUUGUGUUGAGUAAAAAAAACAAAACAAAACGAAAAAACACAUUAAAAAAAAUCACAAAAAAAAACAAAACCAAAAAAAAAAAAGAAAAAGGGAGAAGCCCAAGCGUUGGAAGCUGCUCAAUGUUCUCUUUGCCAUAAAGAUUCCGUGUAACCGUGUGAUCGCAUUAUAGGAUUCUCUUCUGUCCCUAGAGGUGUCGGUCUGACUUCCUUUGUUUUUCAGGAGGGGGGUGGGGGUAGUGCCUUGAUCACUGUCAGGUCCCCACACCUCGGGGGCCGUCCUAGAGCUGUAAUUCCACAUAGCACAGCUGGGAGCGUUCGGACUUUACCAGCAACCAGAAAAGAAAAAAAAACAAAAAAAAAAAUAGAAAUGAAAAAAAAAUAUAUAGAGAGAAAUGAAAAAAAAAAUUAAAAAGAAAAAAAAAAGGUUAAAAAAAAAGAAAUAAUAGAAAAGAACGGCUUUUCCGAGCCGGUCCUGUGCACGGGAUCCAGGAGGAUUCCAGGGUGGAAUCCUGGAAAAGCAGCAGGGAAGGCCCGCUGGAAGAUGUGCGUGGGUUUGUGGGAAUGUUUUCCAGGUUUGGUUUUUUUUUUGGGAAUGUUUGGAGCUGGGAGUGGCUGGAUGGGACCCCCGAGCCCCCUCCGGCUUCCCGGGAAUGAAGCACAAGUUGGGAUGUGGGGAGGUUGGGAUGGAGAGAGAGCCCUGUGCGUGUGUUUUAAAUUAUUUUUCUUUUUCCUCUUAGAAACUUUUUUUGAUUUGAAUGAUCUGUGACCUGUCAGGGAGAGAAGAGAGAUUGUUGUGAGCACAGGACAAAAAAAAAAAAAAAUAAAAACGGCUUAUUCACUGUA